CAGUGCACUAAACGUACCCAGAACAUCUUUACAGCGGAUGUUAAGGAAAGAUUUACGUCUGCACGCUUACAAAAUUCAGUUAGUGCAGGAAUUAAAAGAUAAUGACGCUAUUCAGAGACUAAACUUUGCGAAUGAAAUGUUGAAUCGAUUUUCUUCGCUCAAUAAUGUGUUGUUCUCGGACGAGGCUCACUUCCAUUUAAACGGACAUGUAAAUAAACAAAAUUGCCGUUAUUGGAGCCCCGAAAAUCCAAGGCGUAAGCAUCAGAAGCCCUUACACAGCCCUAAAGUUACAGUUUGGGCUGCUAUGUCAGCGCAUUGGUGCAGACAACGGUCACUCUGGGAUCAGGAAUGGAACAGUAUUGUCUUUAGUGACGAGUCUCGAUUUUGUUUAGGCAUGCACGAUGGUCGUGCCAGGGUUAGAAGGCGACGUGGUGAAAGGAGGAAUCCGCAGUUUUUUGUUGAAAGACGUGUUCAUCACACUGUUGGAGUUAUGGUUUGGGGUGCUAUAGGUUAUGGUUCCAGGUCACCUUUAAUCUACAUCAGAGGUAACAUGAACGCGCAGCGUUAUAUCCACGAAGUUCUAGAACCCCAUCUUUUACACUAUCUUGACACCCUGGCAGAUCCAACUUUCCAACAUGAUAAUGCCCGACCACAUGUUGCAAGAGUCACAAUAGACUUCUUUCAACAUAAUGAUGUCACUUUGUUACCAUGGCCACCAAGAUCUCCCGACUUAUCCCCAAUUGAGCACGUGUGGGAUAUGAUGGGUAGGAGAUUGCUCAAUUUGCAACGUCCUCCUCAGACUCUAGAAGCACUUCGAGAGGAGUUGGUGGUUGCCUGGAAUGAGAUACCACAGGAGGACAUUAACCACCUGAUCAGAAGCAUGCCUAGGCGCGUUGGAGAAUGCGUAGCACAUCAGGGUGCAUCCACACAUUAUUAA